CCCGUUUAAAGUAGCCGAGUUACUAUGCACGCGAUGGCGGUGGCGGCUACCCGGGCUGUGUUUGAAUAAUCCAUCGACCCGACACUAAAUCCAUCUCAUCGAUAUUAUGGAUCUGUGUCGAGUGUUUAAUGUGAUACAUGUGUUCUGUGUCCAGCUCGACGUUGAAUGGCCCGAGUGGUACAAGAGAUAUCUAACCUGUAAGAUGCAGUUUGUGGCUACCAGCUUUCUUUUCAGUUCAGAUUUCGCGGUGUAGCACUCUCUCGUGGAAUGAUAACAACGCAUGGUCGCCUCGUGUAUUACUACGCAGGAAUGCAGCGGACAUGACAAACGAUCAGUCAUGAUGACGUAGUACGUGACGUUGGUGACGGACAUCCACGACGCGAGAACACCCGAGUAGGUUGACGUUCUGCUGUGUGCAAUUUCACUUUGAUUUAACAUGGAGCAGAUAACACUCGUUUUAAAACACUCUGCCCUGCUGGGGUGUCUUAUCUGGAUUACUUGUAUUACAAGAUGUGAUGCAUUAUGUCCAAGCACACACUAUGAAGUGGCUAAGCUGUGUUCCAGGUCAACAGCUACUGGAUCUCGAGUAUUUUUAGAUGCAUCUAGCGCUAUGGCCUCAGACACGAAUUGCACGUGCCGUCUUGUGACAUCAGCAGAUGAGCUAGAAGUGCAGGCUAUGGACGCGCCCGGGGAGGCUAACUGCGAGUCUCGGGUUGAGUUCAGGUCAGAGAGCAUGGUGACGUUCGAGUGUUUUCGGACAGGCACUGUCAUCAAAACAGACCAUGUCAAAGAAUUUGACGUUGUCUUUAAGAGAACCUCCUCGUCAGCACUGGCUAAUUACUGCGUGCACGUGAAAGCACGACCAGUCAAUAACGGAGUUGAGGCAGAGGUUUCUCUUUUCUGUGAGUCUAAACGGAGGGAAAUUCUAGAGACCCAGGAGAUUUCCACCGAGACAGGCGUCAUUCCUCCCGACACGUCGCUGACCACGGAGAAGCCCACCACCAACACGUCAGACCUGACGACCAGCACGGGCGAGAGCGUUACAGGAAAGACAACUGCUGAGUCGUCAAACACCAGCACAGUUAUCUCCGGAGCUGGCUUGUCGUCAACUACCAGGUCGCCAAAGACGGAAGAAAGCCAGUCCGCUGGGCUGGACACAACUACAAUUAUAAUAAUAGCCGUCGUUGCCGCUGUUGUCGUCAUCGCAACCAUCAUCAUCUUCGUGGUCGUCUACAUCUCCAGAAGAAACAAACAUGGAAAAGAUGUAAGGGGACAUAACUACGUGUAUUACAAUGACGGUGAAGACGUUGAUGAGAAGCCGAAGAAUAUUACGGAAAAUGACGAAACGCAAUCUGUCAAUGAAGGCAAAACUACGGACACGACAAAUGACAACGUCGUCCUUGUCUCGGAUAAUUAUCACACGAUUGAUCCUACAGUUGAGGCAAACAACAUAGAGUGAACGUCGAGUAUAAAUUGGCUGUUGAAAGAGCAGGUGUUAAAUAUCUAGAGCUGUAAACCUGGUUACUGAAAAGUGAAUUUCAAACUCGACAUACCGUGUGGUUUAAGCAAGGUCCAACAGUUUAUGUGGGUUUUUUAAUGUGAGACCAAAUACACCCGCAGACGAGAAACAAGACACGUUAAAAACAACACACACAUCAAUUUGUUAAUAAACAAAAAACAACACCAACAUAGAAAAAAAAAGAGAAAAAGACAACAACAGCAAACAAACAGCAAAACCGACCCAUUCAUCUGAAAAAAUCAAAAUACAAACCACAUCAUCGCCAUCA